AUGAGCGACAUGGCGGAAAAGGCAGCUGACAAGCUGCUCAAACACCACCCUCUCCAGCGGCUUCCGUCGCCCUCACGAGGAGCCUCGGCGGUGCUUCAUUCACUGGGCCUUGCAUCGUUCGCCUACUCCUUCUCAUACCUCGUGCGGAACCCGAAUCCAGUCAACGACUCUUAUGGCUGGCAUAUGCAAUACCUGACCAUCAUUGGUCUUGCAUUGGCGACUGCGACAUUCACCGUCGGCCUGCUGGCUGAUCUGACCUUAUCGCACCGCUUGUUCCAGCUCAAAAACUUCCUGAGUGUCGCCAGUGCGCCCAUCGAGUGUCUGAUCAGCGUGUUAUACUGGGGACUUCGUGCUAUCGACCCAAGUCUCGUCCUCCCUGACUGGGCUCCACCGAUUGCCUUGCCAGCCGAUCUUUCCUUCCACGCCGUGCCAUCCAUCUCGCUCGUCGUCGACCUAUUGUUCUUCUCGCCUCCAUAUACCAUUGCCUUCCUUCCUGCAUUCGGACUGAGUGGUGUCAUUGCAUUUGGAUACUGGUUCUGGAUCGAGCGAUGCUACCGCUUCAACAAUUUCUAUCCCUACCCGAUCUUUGAGAUUCUCACCACCACACAGCGGAUCGGGCUGUUCGGCUUCUCAGCUCUGCUGAUGACUACCGCUACCGCGUCCCUUGUCUGGCUGUAUGGCUAUAUCAACGGGAAAGAGCUGGAGAACACGAGCAAUGGCGAUCUGCAUAGAACGAAGAGCGGGAACGUGAAAGGAGAGUAA